AUGUGCUCCCACCAACACCACGACCACGAUUCACAUGUAUGUGAAGCACACGAAGAGGAUGCGUUAAAUUUCGGCCGGCUCUCCCUGAAUUCAAUGAUCGACCAUGCGAAGCUUGUAACGUACAACGAGUCCGUCGAGGGUUCAGGAGCGAAAGUGUUCCGCGCCGACAAGAAUGGUACGGACAGAGACGCCUUCGUAACAAGCGACGCCGACGAGGAGCUACUCUUCAUCGUCCCGUUUUCCGGCCGCACGAAGGUCACCGGAAUAGCAGUUGGAAGCCAAGCGGAUAGUUCGAGUCCGGCCAAGAUCCGCCUGUUCGCCAACAAACCGAAUAUGACGUUCGACGAUUGCCGGCUACAACCCGAUCAGGAGCUCGAAUUGCAAAAGGACCCGAAGGGAGACCUCUUCCACUCGAUGAAGGCAACGAAAUUCGGCGCUCUAACGCAUCUCGUCAUUCAUGUGGCCGAGAAUUUCGGCAGUGACAGUACGCGGAUCAACUACAUCGAGCUACGCGGCGAGAAGAUUGGCGAGAUCAAGGACCAGGUCGUUAUUGCCGUCUACGAGUCUCGGGCGCUAAAGAAGGAUCAUAAGAACAUCGUUCCGGACGGCGUGAAACAUGAUAUUAUG